AUGCUAUCGGAAGAACUGGGAUGCAGUCCGACCCUGUCCAUGCUUUUAGGACGAGAAGCCUUUUACUUUGAUCCCCUCGGUAUUGCCACCGAUUCCAAUUUUGCUCGUUUACGAGAAGCCGAAUUGAAGCAUGGUAGAGUUUCCAUGUUGGCCAAUCUCCAUUUGGUCUUUCCACCCUUGCUACGACGAAUCAACCUGCUCCUUCUGGACCAACAGCAACAGCAAUUACUGCAAGCCGAAACUGAAAGAACCAAAAUCAUGACAGUGAUGACUGCCAUUGACAUUCCAGAUAAGUUUCCCACAGAUUCCAUUGUCGACAAUCUGCUAUUCCUUCCCGAGCCAAUCGACUACAUCAACAUGAUUGUCACUUGUGCCUUUCUGGAAGGAUUCAUCUUUUUUCAAAGAGAUCCCAGAGACAUGCCGGGAGACUACGGCACUGGGUACUUUGGAGUCCGCGAUAAAGGAGUUCACGAACGAUCCCUAGUCGUCGAACUGGAACACGCACGUCUUGCCAUGUUGGCAGUGGUAGGACAGUUGACAGCAGAACUCGUGUCGGGAAAGAGUUGGAUGGAACAAUGGGAUGAUAUACUACAACAAAUCACGGAUGCAGCAGAGAAAAUGCAAUAA